UUCUAGAGAGAUCUGAGCCGGAACCCGGGAGCCGGGAGAUCUUCCUCGCCCACACAGCUCAGCAGCAAGGACAUCUACAGGGGGAAAAAACCCACCCCACGCAGCCCCCCGCCGUCCCACGGCAGCUGCCGGCGCUGUGCAGUAAGUGGUGGAAUAAACAACACUUUCCUUUGGAUGGAUUAUAGUACAUGUGAACUGCCUGUUACUCUGCAAGAAUAAGAAAAACCUUUUGUUUUUACUUGUUAAAUAUCAUCGUGAUAGCAACAACCAUCUGAAUGGCUCAGGCUCACAGCAGACCUCCAGUUGAAUGGGAUCAUCAGUUCUACUAAAAUAUCCGAAGUUAAGGAUUUGGAAAAUAGUUUUUUGCAGAGAUGACCCAUUUACAAGCUGGACUUAGUCCAGAGACUAUAGAGAAAGCCCGCCUGGAACUGAAUGAAAACCCAGACAUUUUGCACCAGGAUAUCCAGCAAGUCAGGGACAUGAUCAUCACGAGGCCUGACAUUGGGUUUUUACGUACAGAUGAUGCCUUCAUCCUGAGAUUUCUCCGAGCCAGAAAGUUUCACCAAACUGAGGCCUUCAGGCUGCUGGCUCAGUACUUCCAAUACCGCCAAUUAAAUCUGGAUAUGUUCAAAAACUUCAAGGCUGAUGAUCCAGGAAUCAAACGGGCUCUGACAGAUGGGUUUCCGGGAGUACUGGAAAAUCGUGACCACUGUGGCAGGAAGAUUCUUCUGCUUUUUGCAGCCAACUGGGAUCAGAGUAGGAACUCCUUCAUAGAUAUCCUUCGGGCUAUUCUACUCUCCUUGGAAGUGCUCAUUGAAGAUCAGGAGCUUCAGAUAAAUGGCUUCAUUCUAAUUAUAGACUGGAGCAACUUCUCCUUCAAGCAAGCCUCCAAGCUUACGCCAUCCAUCCUCAAACUGGCCAUUGAAGGGUUACAGGACAGCUUUCCUGCACGUUUUGGAGGAGUCCAUUUUGUCAAUCAGCCCUGGUACAUCCAUGCCCUGUACACGCUAAUCAAACCGUUCCUCAAAGACAAGACAAGGAAAAGGAUCUUUCUUCACGGUAACAACCUGAACAGCCUUCACCAGCUAAUACACCCCGAAUGCCUGCCCUCUGAAUUUGGGGGGACUCUGCCUCCCUAUGACAUGGGGACGUGGGCUCGAACGUUGCUGGGUCCCGACUACAGCGAUGAGAACGAGUACACCCACACCUCCUACAACGCCAUGCACGUGAAGCACGCGUCCUCCAGCUUGGAGCGGGAGGCCUCGCCCAAACCCAUGAAAAGGUCCCAGUCUGUGGUGGAAGCCGGCACGCUGAAACACGAAGACCAGGGGGAAAGUGAGAACACCCAGCCGCUGCUGGCUCUGGACUGAGCUCUCAUGUGCCCAGCGGAGAUCCAUGAGGAGCCCUCCACCUCACCAGAACCCCACAGAGCACACCACACACAGACACACGCACGUGCACACGCGUUUCGCUUGAUAACAAGUCCUUCGUGUUUCCUGACCAAGUAACAGCUGUCACCAGCCAUCUGUCCGUGCGGCCCGCGCUGAAGAACCAAGAAACUUCUACUGACACAGAGUCUGUCCAUACACAAAGAAUUGGAUUUUUUUUUUUUUUUUUUCCUCUUUGACUUGUGACAUUAAAGUAUUGGAAAUGGUGGGACUGCAUUCUCUGUUUAAAGGAACCAGGGUGUCUUAAUAGUGCUCCUGAAGACUCCAUCAGGGAUGUUCAUUUUAUAGCAGUGAAGGUUGUAAGAGUUUUAAAGAAAAGCAUCUCAAAUUUAAACUUCACACUGUAAUCAGCAAGUGUAAUCCGGGUUAGAGGGCAGAAUCAUCAGCAUCUAUAGAGUACUUGAGUUUCACAGAAGGAUUUUGCAUUUAGAAAAGAACCCCGACGCCAGCAUAAUGCCAUUCAACAUAACACUUUGUGACUGCCUCACCCAUGCAACUUGUAUGGGGGUCACAUUUCAGUAUCUAUCAAAAAUUGUUCUUAACUUUUGAAACCCUUCUAAAACUAUUAGCUAAGUGGAAUGAGCUGUGUGACCAGCAGACACCCAUAAUUUGAAAUGCAAUUAUUUGAUUUUAAUAAUGAUUAAAAUUUCCACAAGUAACACAGGAGCCUAUAAGACAUGUGCGUGUGCAUGUGUGUGCAUGUGUGAAGGGGGUGGUUUCAAGGGAGACACACUGGACAAACCCAGCAGUGAUU